CUCUGUGAGACGGUGCUUAUUGCGUAUAGGGAAUUCUGAGUUUUACUCUGUUUAGUACAGUCGUUGUCGUCAUCGUCCGUUAAUAUAUUGGAGCCUAUCUUUCCAAAUGAAUCCGUCGUUCGCCGCCGUCUUUAUUGCUACGUAUUGCCUUAUGUUGACGAGGGUGACAUGGGGCCAACGUCGCCAAUCCCCAUUCAACCGUUUCGGAGCUCGCCUCCAAGGCGACAGUAGCAGGGGCCGGCACCAAAAUCUUUCUCCGAUUCCAGUACCAAAAGACUACGACUCGCUGGAGCCGUUUGAUUUUGCCUAUGCGUCCAAUGACGACGAAGGUUCACAUUCACACAACCAACACGGAGACACCAAUGGACGCGUCAAUGGUGAAUAUGAAAUUCAACUAGAGGAUGGACGCUCCCGGGUAGUCAGGUACUAUGCCGAUAAUUCGGGCUUUUACGCAGACGUUGUAACUAAUGAAUUAGGCACUGAAAGUCAAGAUCCCGCGGACGUGACGAUUCGGUCAUCGGCGCCUACCGGGCCCGAAGCCGCCGUAGCCACAAGGCGGAGUUCUCGGCCGCGCAGACCACAUUUCCAAGGAGGAUUCAGACAGAACCACAGACGUUUCCCAUAGAAUUCGUCGUGUAGAAUAUUAACGAAAACCCAUCACUUGAAUUGAAUUGAAA